UCCACUUUGAGUCAUAAUUCUUGCUAUUUUUCUUAUAUCUUACAUUGAAUAAGCUUUCCAAAAAACAAAACUUUCAGUUUCUGACGAAUAUAGGUCGCAAAUGACUGUGAAAAAAACUGAAAUUUGUAAUGAGCCCACAGUUUAUUAUCCUACUCAGCGGUAAAUCGCACAAAGUAUAUCGCCAUGUUAUCUGACUUCUUCAUCUUGAGUUCUCGAGGAGAUACGCUUGUAUAUCGCGACUACAGAGGGGAUAGUGUAAAAGGAACCCCAGAUAUCUUCUACAGGAAAAUAAAAUCUGGCAAGGAAAGUCUCCCUCCAAUAUUUAAUGUUGAUAGUGUGAACUUUAUCUUCAUCAAAAGAAAUGGACUCUACUUUGUCUCCACCACAAAGUUCAACAUUUCACCAGCCUUUGGUGUUGAAGUGCUGACAAGAAUUUCAGAUCUUUGCAAGGACUACUGUGGUGUUCUUGAUGAAGAAGCAAUCAAGUGUAAUUUCCCUCUGAUUUAUGAGCUGCUGGACGAAGUAUUGGUAGGCUUCAUCUUCUAUUUCACUCUUUCACUCAAGUGA